ACCCUCUAGGGUCUGCACAUGCUCGCUGUUUAGGGCUAGUGCUAAGUAAAAAGUGGUUAACCAUAAAGCAUCUUCCUUUGCUCUGAAAUCGCUUUUCUCAGUGGGGGUCGAGUCGUGCUCACAUCACUUCGGCAGUUUUGGCUUCAGGCUUUCACGGUCAAGAACAGAACAGACAUAUUGCAUAUUUACAUGUAGUAUUUGCAAUAUGUUUUAAUUAUUUAAUUUCUUGGUUAGACAGUUGAAAGAAGGUUCAAAGGAUUUGAAGGUGUUUCACACAAAACCUCAUUGACAGCAGGUAAUGAAUCACCACAGCAGGACAUACUGUAGACUGCAGACUGCAAUGGAUUUUGGUCACAUCCUUGUAUUCUUCAUGACAGUUCUGAUGUCCAGCACAGGAUCCAGAUUUGAAGACCAUGUGUUUGUACAGACAGGGGACUCUGUUAAACUGGACGUAAAAAUUAAAGCGCUGCCACACUUCAGUAGAUUAGUCUGGAUGAAAGAUCAAACAGAAAACAUAGUCAGAUUAUCUGAUCAAUCUAGAGAAAUAAAACGUUACAAGGACAGAGUUGAUUUCAGUAAUACAACUUUCUCUUUAACACUGUGGAAUAUGCAGAAGACAAACAGUGGACUCUACAGAGCAAAAAUAUUAGGAGAAAAAGAAGAAUUCGUUGCUGAACACAACGUAUCAGUUAUAGAUCCAGUGGAUCCUCCUGUUCUGAACUGGAAUGCCACCAUGAUCAGUGUCAACUCCUGUAUGGUGAAUGUCUCAUGCAGUGGGCAUGAUCGUUUAAUCACAGAAAUCUACCACAGCAACAACUGCACUCAGGAGGAAGUGACAUCAUUUGGAAUCCAGACUCUAACCCUGUAUUGUAUAGAAAAUGUAGUUAUUUGUAACUAUAGCAACCCAGUCAGCUGGAAGAAUGACACAAAAGAGAUUACCCAACUAUGCAACUCUCAUGAAUCAAUUAAACCCAAAGAAAACAAUACUUCCUUUCCUCUCUAUUGGCUCUCGGGGAUCGCUGGUGUUUCACUGUUGGUUUUCUCAGUAGUUUCUGUAAUAUGCUGCUCUCACAAGAAGCAUAAAAGUGGUGACCAACAGAAUGAUCAAACAGUCUAUGCACAAGUUCAGCCAAAGAAUGAAGUUCAGAGACCUCUGGAGAUGCUGGAGAAAUCAGCGAAUCCUCAAACUGUGUAUGGAUUUACAGGAGAACACAAACAAACUCACAAUACCAGUCAGACCAUGCCUAGUCCUCAGAUAGAGGAACAGGCACAAACAGAAAAUCACCCCAGGACCACCUACAGCACAGUAGGAAAACACCAAAACCAAAACCUAUCAUUAGCAACUGAACCAGACCAUACAAUUUAUUCAGUAGUGUGUAAAUCCACGCACAACAGACAGAAAUAGCAGGGGUUAACCCUGGUUUUGUAAAAGGGAGUCACACUUGUGUUGUUCACUAUCAAAGGUGACUGGACACCUGACAUUCAUUUCUUUUCUUACUUUUUUUCAGUGAAAUCAAUUUAAUUUAUUUUUGUUCGAUAACAUUAUAUAUAUAUUUACACAUACAUACAUAGAUACAUACACACACACACACAUACAUUUUUGGGAGAAUUUCAUGGCACUAAUGAAUAUUUAUGCCAUAAUUUUGAUACAUAUUUUCCCAUUGAAAAUAAUACAAAAAAAAAAAAAACUAUAUUAUAUAUAUAAUUGAUUGGUUUCCAUCAGUUUGCACUCAUCCACACACACACAUUGCUGUUUAUUGUUUAGCCUUGACCAUGUUUCUAGUCUCCUGUGUAUCCUUGCCUUGCCUUCUUGUUUUUUGACCUUGGACUGUUUAUCAGAUUACUCUUUGUCUUGCACUGGAUUGUACCUGUUUGCUGGUGUUUGACCUUGUCUGUUUUUACUACUCUUGUGAAUGAAAUCUGGAUUUGGAUCCUCAACUAUGUUGUCACACCUCCUUCAUUACAAAUGUAACAAGCAAAAACAGAGAAUCACUCCAGCACCAACUACAGUACAAUCGUGAAACACCAAAAAACAUAAUUUGCCUCUGAAACAGAUCAUACAAUAUAUUCAACAAUGUAUUAGUCAAACGUCAUGGAAGACAACCUGUGCAUUAACAGCAAAGGGUAGAUAUAUGAAAAAAUGUGCAUUAUCAAUAGAUCUCUUAAAAUUAUUUUAAAAUUAUUUUAACCUACCAUGCCAAGAUUCAAAUUCAGUGAUCAUUCAUUAGUAAAGAGUGA